AUGCAGGUUGAAGAUUCGAACCCAAUGAAACCUUUGGGUUCAGCACUCACGCUGCUUUGUGCCGUAAAUGGAAAUCCGGAACCAGUGAUUCAUUGGUCUCUUCGAGGCCAAACAAUUAUACCCUCACCUGGUCGAUUAAUAAUUUCCGAUGGUGGACAACGGUCAGUCCGCAUUAAUUCCCUUAAUCUGAUAAAAUAUUUAAAAAGAUUGGAAAUUCUUAAUUUACGAAGUGAGGAUGCUGGCGAAUAUCGGUGUGAGGCUCAGAAUGAAGUGGGUGACUCUUCGGAUAGCAUUAAAAUUGACAUACUUGUGCCACCUAAAAUCGACAAGGAAGCCGUUGAAUUAAAUCCUCGACUUCCCCUUGGACGUUCUUUCACACUUUUUUGCGAUGUUAAAGCAAAACCUGAUGCCAAAAUUACUUGGACAUUUAAUGGAAUAUCACUGGAAAAUGGAGGGGGCUUACCAUUUUUAUCUAUUGAUAAUGGAAAAAGAAAAUUCCUUCAAAUUGACAAUAUUUCUUUGCUUCAUCGGGGUAUUUAUCGUUGCAAUGCUUUUAAUGCAGCUGGUAAUGAUAGUAUUGAAUAUAAGAUUGAUGUCUUCGACCCUCCCAAAAUUGAAUUGAGAGGAGGAACAACACAGAUACUCGAAAAUCAUGAUGUUGUUUUAGCAUGUAAUGCCUCUGGUGAACCACCACCUGUUAUCGCCUGGCAAAGGAAUGGUGUUCUUGUCGAGACUGGUGCCAGAUACUCUGUGGAAAAUUCCUUUCUUAAAGUUGUUGAUGUACGCAGUUCAGAUUCUGGUAUUUAUGUCUGUGUGGCAACAAAUGAGGCUGGCACUGAUCAGCAAGCAUUUACGCUGGAGGUACUUGUUUUGCCUAAAGUAUCUUUGCCUUCUCAACUGCCAACACAGUUAUCAGUUCCUCUAGGUGGGAAUAUUACUUUGGGACCUUGCAAAGGUCAAGGUUAUCCUCCACCUCAUCUACUGUGGAGUAUCGCUGACAAAAACAAGAAUGACGACUUUGUACCAAUUAAUUCAUCAACAAUGGCUUUCAGAAAGGAAGAUUAUAAAAUAAUUAAUAACGAAUCAAAUACAACUUCUUCGCUUUAUUUGAUGGAUGUUAAGCAACAAAAAGACAAUAGCCUUCAGUUUCGUUGUUCAGCUACGAACUCUGCUGGAGCUUCACAUAUAGAGUUCAAUGUUAGUAUAAUUGUACCGCCUGUACUCGUUGAUAAUAAUGCUGCCGCAGUUAGGGAAUCUCGCAUUAUUGAGGGUCAAUUAAUUAAUAUUCCUUGUGGAGUGAGAUUAACUGGCCAAAACGAUAAUAUCCAAUGGAUUCACAAUGGAAAACCUAUUGAAAUUAAUCAAAAACUACAACAAAAUAAUGAAGUUGAACCCCUAAUAAUUAAAAAUAUUACCCUCAAAGAGGCUGGAAAUUAUACAUGUUCCGUUAGAAAUUCGGCAGGAAGUGUUAAUUCUACAGUAAAAGUUGUUGUUGGAAUACCUCCAAAAGUUGAUAAAAAUAACGGGAUUAGAGUUGCUGUCUCACGUGGUAACACAGCUCAGCUGCAUUGUGAAGCAUUUGGCUUUCCACCGCCAAAGAUACAUUGGUUAAGAGAUCAAAUGCCGUUGAAUAAAUGUACAGAUCUGAUAAAUGUCAAAAUACAAUCCCAUUCAGAUAUGCCAACCGCUGUUACGGGCUCAGAACAGUCUACAAGUGGAGUAGUUGUUUCAGAAAAUAAACGAACUGCAACAGCAAUCCUUCACGAUAUUAAGAUUGAACAUGCUGGUUUUUAUAAUUGUAAAGCUGAAAAUUGGGCUGGUAUUGAUAACAAAACUGUUGAAUUAGUUGUUCUUAUUCGACCAAUGAUACUACCAGAGCGAGAUCAAAUACGUGUGGAAAGUGGUGAUAUAGCUAUAAUCACUUGUAAUUCUUCCGGAACUCCCAAACCAACCAUUUCAUGGCAGAAAAUCUCUGACCCACAAAAAGAUAUUGUUGCCGACUUGAAAAGAAAGGAUGACCAUGGUAUUUAUCGUUGUAUUGCCAAAAAUGAAGCAGGUCAAGCUAUUGGAAUUCGCAAAAUUGACGUUAAACUAUCCCAAGGCGAGAGAAGUGUUAACACUAAAAGGGAUCGCAUCUAUGUUGAAUGUGAUGAGAAUGGAGCGCCAAUAAAAAGCACAUAUGUAAAAGCCCGUGGUGAUCGUCCCCAACAGUCCAAUGAUCCUUACAUUCAUUGGACUGAAGAAUCUGAUGUGGAUGCUUUAUUAUUGAAUGGCACUGAUGGUUUAAUGACUUUAUGCAUGCCAAAAAUGGAUGAUGAAAGCAAUGUUAUGAACCGAGAGACUAGGAGAGUGUCUCCCUUACCUUCUGCAAAUCUUUCAUGCUCAAGCAGUAAUUGCCAAUACAAAUGCCAGGACCUGGACAAUGGCUCAUCCAAAUGUAUUUGUCCAGAUGGUUAUUCUUUAAGCGAAGAUGGACGCUGUUUGGAUCUGGAUGAAUGUAAAAAUGACAUUUAUCCAUGUGUUUCUGAUCAGCUUUGUUUUAACAAACUUGGCACUUUCUCUUGUAUUAACAACCUUUGCCCUCCAAAAUUUCAUCUAGACAAAACAAACCAACAAUGCUUGCCAUCAUGUCAAAAUUGUACAGAAUUGCCUAUACGUCUUUACAUGUUAGGAUUACCCAACGGAGUUGCUGUCAAUACUGCUUUGCUUCGACUAAGUGCCCACGAUAAGAAUGGUCGUUUGCUUAAACGAACAAAAUUUAAUAUUCGUGCCGAAAGUAAUUCCUUCAAUACGAACGCAUUGAACGAUCAAAACUCAAUCUCAUAUCGAUCAAAACAAUUUCACUUUGGCAUUACAGCUGAAAAUGAUGGUCGUGCAACACUACAUUCUCGAAGGCUUUUAUUGCCCGGUUCCGAAUUUCUUUUGUCUAUUCAAUCCACUAGCAGUAAUGAUACAAGUGAUAGGGAACUGAAAUCGACUGAUCUAGGCAAGUGGGUGGCUAAUUACAUGGUGCUUAUUGCAGUUUCCGAAAAUUUGUUUUAA